AGCAGCUAAUCCAAAUCCGGCCUCUUGAUAUUGACUUCUAAUGGGAUGUUCCAGCUCAGUGCCUGCGCCUUUUCCCACUCGCAGCUGACUGUCGCUUUAAGACAACCGUCUCUGGGUGGCUGAUUGAUUUCAUAUUCACCGACGUGUUCGUGGACAAACCUUGUUAGACACACACGGAAGAGAGAGAGAGAGAGAGGGAGGGAGAGCAAAGGAAGAGCUCUGCACUGUGUUGCAGGAGAGAGAGAGAGAGAGAGAGAGAGAGAGCUGAGCUCAGGUUAUCAGUGCUCCUGAAGAUGAGGACAUCUUGGAGGAUGGACUGCACGCGUUUGGAGUGAAAAGCACCGUUGGGCAUCUUUGGGAAGGGGGUUUCGCACCUUUAUCUGGAUUGGCGACAACAACAAUAUCCCAAAAAAAGGAGGAGGAGGAGGAGGAGGAGAGAUGUCGGGAAAGCACGGCCUCGACAACUCCAGCCGUCAGACGAUGCAGCCGCCUCCCUACAUCCCGGGUCCGCAGGACCCCAACGUACCUCAGCACCCCAACAUGCCACCCGGCGCCCAGCCCAGCUAUCCAGCGCCGCCUCCGCCCCCGGGCUCAGAUGGAUACCUCCAAGAGACUCAGUUCCAUUGUAACGCAAUGGGACCCCCGGGGGCCCCGCAAGGCUACACGGUCCAGACUCAGGGUCCCGGAGGAACCAUGCCCCAUCCUCCAGUGGGAUACCUCCAUUCCGGGUACCCUCUGCAGCUGCAGCCAUGCACCGCUUACGUUCCUGUCUACCCCAUGGCGUCGGGGCAGCCCUAUAUGCCUGCAACUGGAGGUCACCCAGCGAUGCCACCGGGUCAGAUUCAUCCCAUGCAAAUGCCGCCCAACAUCACCUUAAUGGACCGCCGGCCGCCGCAUGACUACCUGCCCAUCGCGGUGCUCACCACGGUGUGUUGCUUCUGGCCCACUGGCAUCAUUGCCAUCAUCAAAGCGGUACAGGUGCGUACGGCCAUCGCCAGAGGGGACAUGGUGACGGCAGAGAUCGCCUCCCGCGAGGCCCGCAACUUCUCCUUCAUCAGCCUGGCGGUUGGCAUCGCCUCCAUCGUGCUGUGCACCAUCCUCACCGUGGUGGUCAUCAUCGCCUCGCAGCAUCACGAUGACGACUGGGAGCCGUAGCAGGACGGGGGGAGGGGGACCGUUAAACAUCAGCUUAGAUAAUUACAUGGAAACAGGAGCACUGAUCAUAUGCACUGCUACUGCUUGCAGCUACACCAGGCUGGUCUCACACACACACACACACACACACACACACAACCAUGUGACCAAACAUGCUGCCAUCAAACACACAUUGACAGCCAAAACAACCAAGCACGCUGGAUGUCCAAAAGCCAAAUACAAACUGUUAUCCACCUUAUAUUUACACUGAGCUUCAAUUCGUUGGUGUCAUGGGAGCAGUGACGCAAAGAUUAAGUCACUAAAAUAUACUAAUAUUUAACCAAGUAUACGGUAUAUAUUUACAGUGCAGCAUAUGAGUAUUUUUGGGGUUGGAUUGCUGUGCCAUGUGGAGAAACAGUGUGCUACUCUUUGAUUAUUGGCGAUGCACUUGUGUUAGAGACUCAAAUUAAGUGUCACGGGGAGCGGAUCGAUACACAUUUAACACACGUUGACAAAGUGGCAACACGACCUUGUUUGCGAGACGUUUUGUAUUUUGCUGUCAAAACAUACAGUAUAUAUAAUAUGUGUCAGUUUGUGGAUUUCUUGAAAAAGUGAUUUAUUGAUUUAUCUAUCAUGUGCCAGACAUUUACGUUGUGUUCAAAUCGGCUUGAAUUCAAUACCACACCGUGUUAUCAGUAUUACUAUGAAUCUGAGGUGAGACGAUGCAGCUUCUUCCGGCCGUCGUUCGCGUCGUGCAUGAUAAUAAAUCAAUUGUUGUGAAGCGGUAUAACAUUUCUAAAAGCAACAUUCUAAACGAUUUUGUCGUGAAGACAAGAAAAUAAGAUUGGUUCAACCCAGUCAUUGAUAGAUUUCGAUAUAUUGUUUUUAGAAGCGUAUUGGCCUAUAAUGUGUGCGCUAGGCACUAUUGUGAAAUGGUAGCGAUUAGGAGACCGCAUAACCUUGCAUGCCAUCCUCAGUUUGAAUCCAUUCAUCUUUAAUACGGAGGCUUGGUGUGCACAUGUAAGCUUCUAUAUACAGUAUUCAUUUCCUUCAAUAUGAGUGUGGUGGUUUUAACGUAGCAAUCGUUAGAGCAACGGUGACUUUAAGGAAAUGGGAAUGGGAACACUUGAAAUGAAUGUUCAUGAUGGAAGAGGGAGACAAAAUUAAUAAUAAUGCCUAAACUGCUUUGUAGCCCUUUGGUCUUAGUGAGAAUUCUUUUUUGUUCGCCUGUUAAUCCCUGGACGGGAAGUAUUUUUUAUUUUAUUUUAUUUUUUUUGUCACAUACACUGGGUGCGGAAAGUAUUCAGACCACCUUCAAUUUUUCACUCUUUGUUAUAUUGCAGCCAUUUGCUUAAAUCGUUUCAGUGCAUUUUUGACCCUCAUUAAUGUACACACAGCACCCCCAUAUUGACAGAAAAAAAAAUAAAAAAUCGUUUUUGAAAUUUUACUAAAAAAGAACAACUGAAAUAUCACACAGCCAUAAGUAUUCAGACCCUUUGCUCGGUAUUUAGUAGGAGCAACUUUUCGAAUGAUUUUAGCAAAUGGCUGCAAUAUAACAAAGAGUGAAUCAUUGAAGGCGGUCUGAAUACUUUCCGUACCCACUGUCUCUCUUCAACUGCCCCUUUCCUCAUUUGGAUGAUACUAUUUAAAUUAUUUGAGUAACUACACAUAGAUUUUAUAGUUUAUAUAAAUGUAUACAUUUUGUUAUUUGUAUUAUACUGUUGCCAAUAGUCGGUGUUUAUUGAAGAAAGUUUGGUGCUUUAAGUGCUAACUAAAAAUGUAUAAAGUUGCUUACAUAUAGUACAGUAUGUUAUCUUUGUUUGUUUGUUUGUUUGCUGUGAGAAUGUUUGUUUGACAUUUAUAGGUGGAAUGGAAGGGAAACAUGCCUACUUUGCCUUUGAAAAAUAUGCAUGUUGGGUUAUUAAAGACUCGAAAUCACAGGUAUCAAACUCAAGGCCUGGGGACCGGAUUCGGCCCGACACAUCAUUUUAUGUGAUUCAUUAAAGCUAAUGAAGUGUGUCUACUCAUGUUUCUUGCUAAAUGCAUCUGUACUUUGAAUUUCGGGGGGAAAUCUGUACCAAAGGUGUGAUUUUGUUUUUCUUUUACUUUUAUCUGCUUUUACAAACAUUUACUAUAUUUUCACCAAACCCCUUCUUAACAUCGGACAAUAGUUCUUCUGUACUGUAUACAAAAGUAUCCGCUUGCCACUGUUUUACAUGUACGUACGGUACGGUAAUAACAAUCCAAUGCAAUGGCAAUAGCGUAUACCGUAUGUACGUGAACAAAGUAAUGAGACAAUUUAAUUCAACCUACUAAUAAUUGUUGGUAGAAAAACUUCCUUGAAGGUUGUUCUUUUCUUUUUGAAGCUUAAAGCCUGUCUUCUUUCUGUCAGUCAUUUUGGCAAGCAGAGAGCGGUGAUUUAAUUUCUCGCUUUGGAAGAAGGUUUCUGAAUUGUUUGUGAAAUUAUUAGUAGGUUGUCGGUAAAUUUAAUUGGGCUCAUCACUUUUUGGCUGCCCAUUGUAAUAACAUGACGUGGUGAUUAUACAUUUAUAUGCUUUUUACAGUCAUAAUGGACUUCUACUAUUUGACCGAUGCCGAAAAUGAGUUCGACACGCCUGCGAAUUGUCCAUCGGUGUAUAAUUGAGUGUAAAUGUUUGUUGAAAUGUGCCCCUGGACUGGCUGGUGACCAGUCCAGAGUGGACCCCACCGCUAAAGCUCUAAGACAGCUGGGAUAGGCUCCAGCUCACCCGCGGCCUGAAUGAGAACAAACACGAUAGAAAAUAGAUAGCUGGAACUAGUUGCCAAGAAAAUAUUAAGGAAAGACUGCAAUAUAUAAACAAAAUAUUUAAUGGGAAAUUCACUUUAUAUAUAUAUAUAUAUAUAUAUACACACACACACACACACACACACACUACAUGGAACUUAGAUCUAUGUGUUGAGUUCAAAAGGAGCAACACAAAGUAGACAAUCCAAAAAUGUCAAGCUAUUAAUUACUUUGUAAGUUACACUGCAGGCCCUUAUUAAAAGAAAUGGUUCACUUAAAGCAUGGAUUGCAGAGCCGCGUUGCUGUUAAGUGCGUAUUUGCGCUGUUUCUACUCAACAUUCACUUCUAGCAUAUCUAGUUUAGAUAGCGCUAAGCUGCAGCUUCUUCAGUGCUUUGCUUUCUUAUGCAAAUGUUAUUUUUAUUUAUUGCGUGAUUAGUCCAUAUUUAAUUUCCUCUAACCUUGUCAUAGCAGUAAUUGUUUUUUUCGAGGUUGGCGGCUGACAAGUAAAUACGAAGUGUACCAGCUUUCUGUUUAAUUGUGAUUAUUUAUUUAUGGAUGUGGUGCAAGGGAGUUGAGCUGUUUUGAGUCAUGAAUAAAAUGUAUGAAUUACGA